AUGGCAGAAAACAUCUUUUUUACCACCACCUUCCCGGAUGGAUACUAUUAUGAGGACUAUUAUGAUUAUGAGUAUUAUAGAAAAGUUUACAUCAUUAUGCAUGUAGUCACAUGCAUCAUCAUUGCCAUUGGUCUUCCUUUGAUGCUCAUGGCCAUCUAUGCUCUUUACUCUCUGGUACAAAAUGAUCAUGUUGUUCCAAUCUACAUCAUCAACCUCCUCAUAACAGACCUCAUUCAGCUCUGCUGCCUGAUCGUUUGGGAGUCAAAACCUCAGGAACUAUGGAUUUAUGAAAUCCUGUAUUAUGUUUACAACAGUGGUCUAGUGACCAGUGUUUGCUUCAUGGUGUGCAUUUCACUGGAAAGAUAUUUGGUGAUUGCCCAUCCAAUGUGGUACCACUUCAAACAACCAAUCAGGAGCUCCGUAGCGAUCUGUGUUGUAGUCUGGUUGAUAGCUCCUGUCUAUUUCCUCACUGUGUACCCCUGGGUCACCAUGGCUGUUACAGAAAUUGUCUUCUCCGUUUUCCUCACAAUUCCCCUACCACUGUUCAUAUUCUCUCUGGUUGGGACCCUCAGAGCCCUGUCUACUUCCGUCUCAGUCUCCCCUGAUGAAAAACGCAGAAUCGUCAGAAUUUUAGUCCUGGUGCUGCUGAUUUACACACUGCUGUUCCUGCCCAGUAUUAUUUGGAUCAUUGCAAAAACAAAAACAGACCCCGUUGACAACACCCUCAAUGACCUGUCUUUCAUGUUUGUAAAGCUGAGUCCACUUGCAGACUUACUUCUGUAUGUUUUCAUCAGAAAAGAGACCUUUGAGAAGCUUUUAACCUCUGUGUGCUGUUGCAGAAAGGAGCGCAGUGACACCAACAAUAGCAACACAAUAAAUGUUGACAACAUUUAGACCAAUGUUUGCCUGUGGGUGGACUGGGACCCAAAAAUGGGUUGUGGAGCUGUUGUUAGUGGGUCACACAUGGUAAGAGAAAACCCAUCCACCUGUGACUCAAAUAUUUUUAUCUUUACUUUUAUCUCUACUUGAGAAUAUAUUUGUGACGUUCAUGUUGAAAUCUUGGGAUAAGAACUAGCUGAGAUCCAACAAGAACAAGUGCUGAGAUUUUUUUCUAAAAAAUGUCAGACUUUUGAUUAAUUACUUUGGCUUCUGACUUGCUUAUUGCGAGAAGGGGAAUAACACUGAGAACUUAAAACUUCUAAUAUUGAAAGAAGAUAAGGCGAAAGAUAAUAUUGCAUCAUCAGAGCAGGAAAUGUUUGUCAUAUUUUUCAUGUGCUGAUAUCAAGUCACAAGAUGUAGGCAGUGUGUUUCAUAAUUCACUUGUUUGUUUCAUCAAUAUUAUUAAGAAGACGCUAUAUGCUUUUAUAAUUCCUAUCUAUCUUUGUCAAAUCACAGCAUAUGAACAGCCUGAAUCUGCUUGUUAGUGCUCUCAAAGUUAUGAGCUAUGAGGGAGAAAACAUGUUAGACAGUGGUGCCGCUACUCUGGUCUACAUCCCAGUGUACAUUUGUUUGGCAAAUCACAAGCUUUUUUAGGAAUUUUCACCAUCAAGUUCCUAAAGCAGGGGCCUCCAAGCUGUUGAGGGCCAAAAAGAGGAAGGGUGUUGGACACGCUGAGACUCUUACCCUCUCUGCCAA